CAAACAAACUCACACACACUCUCUCUCUCACACACACACACACAGGCUCGCUCACACACCUGUGCUUUUAUAUUGUUGUCAUAUUCAUUCUUCAACUUCACCUGGAAUUACACUAUAGAAUUAUCUCUGUCAAACAAUUGUACAUUGGUGUUGAGGUUACGGAGCGGAGGAGGAGCAACAGGAGAAAAAACACACCUGUGGAGAGAAGAACACACACCUGCUGUCCCACUUUCAUUCAACAUGCCUUUAGGAGGUGAAGCCUGGAUAAAGUGCCAUUUAAAGUAGGAUCAUCUCUGAGAGCUGGGGACUGAAGCAUCUGUUACAGUGGGUCUGUUACAUCAGCAUGGCGUCUCUCUCUAACCCACCACCAUCUAAACUGCGCCGCACCAAGAGCAAGAAGAAACACUUUGUUCAUCAGAAGGUGGAGGUGUUCCGGGCCAGCGAUCCUGUGCUGAGUGUCUUCAUGUGGGGCAUCAAUCACACGGUCAGUGAUAUGCUUCAUGUUCCUGCACCGGUGAUGCUGCUGCCAGAUGACUUUAAAGCCAACAGCAAGAUCAAAGUCAACUACCACCUGUUCAACAAAGAAAAUCUCCCCGGACACUUUAAGUUUAAAGAGUACUGCCCGCAGGUUUUCCGUAACCUCCGAGAGAGAUUCGGGAUCGAGGAUCAGGACUAUCAGAUGUCUUUAGGGCGCAGCUCCCCACUCAAGGACAAUGAGGUUCAGGACGAACACCUCCUGCUCACCUCGUACGACCGGUUGUUAAUAAUCAAACAGAUUUCCAGUGAGGAAGUGGAGGACAUGCACAACAUCCUGUCUGAAUAUCACCAGCACAUUGUUAAGAGUCAUGGCAUCACGCUCCUUCCUCAGUUCCUCGGCAUGUACCGUGUUACUGUCAAUAACGAGGACACGUACUUCAUCAUCAUGAGGAACAUGUUCAGUCACCGACUGACCAUCCACACAAAAUACGACCUCAAGGGCUCUUUGGUGUCUCGUGAAGCAAGUGAUAAAGAGAAGGAGAAAGAUCUGCCCACCUUCAAGGACAUGGACUUCAGGAACAACAUGCAGCGGCUUUACAUCAGCGAUGAGGAGAAGGAGAAGCUCAUGGAGAAACUGAACCGUGAUGUGGACUUUCUCGUGAGGUUAAAACUCAUGGACUACAGUCUGUUGUUGGGGAUACAUGACAUGGACAGAGGAGAGCGAGAGGAGGAGGAGGAGGAUGAAGAUUCAGCGUGUGAGGAGGACGAUGGGCAGGAAAACUGCAUGUCCAUGUCAGCAUCAGCAUCUCCCAGCACCUCACCCGAGGGCGGGGCCGGAUCAGUUCCCACCAGGAAAACUACCACAGUGACAGAGUUUGAUCCGUGUGUAGAUGUUUAUGGAAUCCAAAGUGCAGCUGGAGCUCCACAAAGAGAAGUUUACUUCAUGGGGCUGAUAAACAUCCUGACUCAUUAUGACACCAAGAAAAAAGCAGCACAUGCAGCAAAGACCGUCAAGCAUGGAUCGGGAGCCGAAAUCUCUACAGUUCAUCCAGAGCAGUAUGGCAAGAGAUUCCUGGAGUUUGUCACCAACAUCUUUACUCACUGAGUUCCUUAUAAGUACUGACACAGGCACAGAGGGAGGGAGAGAGCGAGAGAGAGAUAGACAGAAGGGGGAGAGAGAGACAGAGGAGGAGAGAGUUUACAGCUGCAGUGUGUGACUCAGCAGUACAGAGCUGGGAGUUAAACUCACAACAUUCUGUUCACUACAACUAAACACUAAACAUUCAUUCAUUCAGUUAUUAUUCAAAAUGCUGGAAAUUAAAGGAAAACAACUGGGAAAUUCUAUUCUGUUCUCUGUUGCACCUUCUUGCACUUUGUACUUUAAUGUGAAUUUAUAUAAGAUUAUUA